CUCAUCUGCGGCCCAUCGCUCUACCAAGAGGCGAAAAAUGAAUUGGGGAAGGGCUAAAAAGCCAAGUAAAUGGACGCACAAUGUCGAACAAAUAUUGGCCAAACGCUACGCGGAUGGCCGACCGCAGCUAUUGUUAAAGUGGGUCGGUUAUCCAUUACAGCAAAGCACCUGGGAGCCCAUCGAGAACUUGAGCGGUGAUUGUCUGUCCAUGCUAGCGGACUUCGAGGCAGCUGAAUUUGCCAAGCUAAACGCUCAAAAUCGAGGCUCAACUCGCCAACAAGGUGCUGUCGACUCAUCCCUACUGAAGCAAAAAAUGGAAUAUGGAAAAACACAGAAAACUAAGCAGAAAAAGAAGCAAAAAAAGCUGUCGCCAAAAAAGAAGCUUGAUCCAAUGAAUCAACUAAAUCUGUCUUCAGAUUUAUGCAAUGAUCUUAUGAUGAGCAGCGACAGCAGCGACAAUGGCAUCAGCGGCUCCAAAGUUGCUGCCAAUGGCACCAGUCAUCCCAAUACCAUCCCAACCAGUGGCUCCAAAUAUGCCACUAGCGCCUCCAAAGAGGAGACCAAGGGCGUCAAGCAAGACAAGGAUAAGGCCAGUGUCAAUGCCUUUGCUUACAAAUCCGGCACUAGCUCCAUUUCAAAAUCUGACGAAUCUAACAUCAUACUUGAGCAUGUAAAAGGCAUGCCAAUUCGAGACCACAUGUCCGAAGCACCUGCUAAAACCGAGGGCCCGGCAGGUGGGAUGGGCAGGUGGGAUGAUGCGCUAAAUAUCCAAACGCGUAUCCAGGGCCUCCAACGCGGAUUGCCAUUGGAGAAAAUCGUUAAGGUCUUCAAGAUGCGAAAAGAAGUCUAUAUGAUGGUCAAGUGGAAAACAGUCUCAUCACUCGAUGCUGUGCCAAUCAAUGCGCUCUCUGAACUGUAUCCGCAUGUAGUUUUAGAGUUUUUUGAGCAGUUAGACUUCUGCUCUGACUCAGAAUAA